UAAUUUGUGGAUUCUUUUAAAUAAAAAGACACUGAUUCCACUGCCCCUGUCUCUCCCUGACUAAUAAACUUGCAGAACUAACUUUACUAGCCACUGAGGCUGAAGGAGCAGCUAAUAAAGCAAACAAGGAAAACUCUGCAGCUUUAAACAAGGCAAAAUUUGCCACAGCCAUCAGUGAAUUGCAUUCACAAUUCCACUGUCUUUCUUUUUCCUAGGUCAAUCAAGAUUCUUACCAAUUUUUUUUUUUCAGUGUAACUGCUUAUUAGUAAAACUUAGCCUGUGAUACCGAACAGGAUGAUGACCUAUGGGUCAGUUCAUAGUUUUUUUCAGAUUUGUGCUUAAAAAGACAUGUUAAUCAUAAAAAUAAUUAAAAAAUAACAAAAAACAAACAACCAAAAAGCAAAGGCUACCUUCUUUAGGAAGGUAUGAACAAUGCACAUACAAGGAAGAAAGCAAAAUUUAAGACUUACCAUUACUUAAAUCAGUUUCCUGAAUAAGAAAUUAAGGAUGUUUUUGUUUGGGACAUUAUAGCAGCUUUACAGAUCCGUAUGGAGGACUGCUUCAAUGCUAUGAAAUACUAGGUGAUUUAUUAUCUGUUCUUGCAUAGUUUAGCUAUGUCUGCUACAUUUGUAUGCUCUGAAACAACUGAAUUCAAAGCUACUCCUGAAACUUCUGAGAAAGUAUGAUUGUAGCUUUAAUAUUAGCACUUGCAUAUGUUUAUGUGUUUGUAACGUGGGUAUUUGAGGUUUGUGUACAUUUUUUUCCUCAUCCAAAAUUAAGAAAACAAGCCCUGGGUAUUUGAAAGCAAAUCACAGACACAGCUGACUCAGCUCAAUACUGGUUGUUUUCUUCCUGCUGUAUACAAAUAUGAUUGGCGUGGUGUUCAUCUUGAAGUAAAGAAGAAAUGGAAGCAACUUAACUAUGAAAACCCUGGUUAUCACUCUGAACAUUUUGCUGUACAGUUGUUUGAUAUAUUUAAAAAUGUAAAUUUUCUGUAAAUGCAUUUUCACCGCAGUGCAGAAGUACCAGAAUACUGCUUUAAUAGCUUUUUGCAUCUGAUGGUAACAAGAACAGACUAUGGCCCUUCACUUAGAAACAGCUCUUCCAUUUUUAUCUCUUUUAUUAUUACUUACAUACAGAUUACUUAUUUCUUGUUAUUGGCAAGAAGUGACCAAUGUGUUAUACUGCUAAAUGGAAGUGUUUAAUAGAUACCAACUUUUAUUUCAGCUGUCCAAAAUGAAAUGAGAUGAGGGAGAAAUCAAGUUGUUAUGCUAUUUGAUACCAAUCUAUAACGGAACUUUAAAGAGAAAUUUCAAGAUCCAACUCUUCAUUUCUUUUCCAUUCUAAUAAAAAUAAAUGAUCCUCAGGAAAUCCAAAGUUGGUCUUUAGGUAGAUGGAAUACAAUGUCACAAAAACAGAAGAGAAAAACAGAAGAGAAAAAACACUUUAGUGUAAAGCUUGCUGUUCCCUAUGGGCCAGUGCCCAUGAGGAACAAACAAACUCAGUAGAAAUGGGAAAUGGAAAAAUGUUAUAGCAAUUUCAAUUGCAUUUUUUUUUGGACAGUGUUACCUUAUUUAUCAAAGUGCUUCUGCAAUUUAUGCUAUUGGUGCAUACCUGGUGCUUAGCACCAAUGGAAACACUGAAAUUGUAUAUAACUUUAAUGUAGCCAAUCUGUUGGGUGGCUGCUGUCGUUUCAGUUGUGGUGUUCUUGUAAUAUUAGCAAAAUUUAGUUCCUCUGCAUGAACAGAUUUUAUUUUAAAUUGUCUACUGUAGUUUUAACGCAGGGGUAAAGGACCUCAGCAGGGGAGCACAUAACUUUCCAUCAACGGGUCUCUUGUUCAGGCAUCAUCCACCAAGCGCCAAGAGACUCAGCAUGCAGGAUCACACAAUUUACGUAAUUAUUUAUCAGAUAGUAUGCAAAAUACAUAAGUAGGACCAACAGAUUCCUAGCCUAAAUAGUAAUAUGCUUACUACUGCUGGUUAGAAACAAAACAUAGCUGACAAGUCGUAGCUGGCCAGGACAUUUUCAAUAUGAUGGUGAAACCUUUGGGCUGAGAGUGACAUGCAUGAUACUCAGGGAAUGCUGGAAGGUGCAAAGCUUCAAGUGAUCACAAGAAUGCACUAAAAUCCACUGAUGUGCUGUAAAGUGGUUGUGUGACUGAGUGUCAGCGUCAGUGUAGAGAGUGCUCUGUCCUGCUGAGGAGGGAAAAACUGCUUUGUCUUAUUGAGGAAAAAAUAUACAAAUCUACUUUGGUAUGCUUUCAAAAAUAUUUGAAGGGAAGAUCAACCAUGCGGAGUUUUCUUUUACAGUGCUGACAGGGAAUAGAGCGUGCAAUAACAGUGUGAAGCACUCCAAGAACUUUGAAAUGUCAUCUCAAAUGGACUAAAACAGUGACGUUCCCCAAAAGCGUCAGCGCAAAGGUACGCUGAUUUUUUGUGUGUGUGUGUGCAAACAUUGCGUUAUUUCCACAUACUUUCUUUCCAUACAGUAAACUUUGAUACUUGUGCUUGCUAUUUAGAAAUAAUUCAACAAUCACGUAUCUUAGUAGGAAGGCUCCGAGGAGCCAACACCUGCAUUCUGCUUUCUGGUUCUGACAGCUGUAUAUUCUCUUCCAUCUCCCGUCCUGUGCUCCACGCCAUAACAGCGGGCAGCAGGCUGCUCACCGAGGCUCCGCAAAACCGCUACCACACUGAUGAAACCGCAGAACUGGGGAACAUUGUAAAACUGCCGCUUUUACGCAUCGCUAUUCCCUCGUAAACCCUCUGCCAGCCCAAAGAAGUGGGCGUUAACUCUAUCAGUCUGAGCUUUAGAAUUAAGAAUUUGCAACUUCUCUUUGAGUUUUUGUUGAGGGAAGAUGCGAGCUUUGGCUGGCGCUUGCCGAGGGCAGAGCUUUGAGGGGGGAAUUAGAGGCUGCCCCCUGAGCCUGCAGCUGGAGCCUCCUCCUCCCACAGAACAGCCGCCGCCGCCGGGCAUGCCCCCCUCGGUCCCUUUGUUUCCCCGGCCGCCCCCCGCCCCGCCUCCCAGGUCCGCCCGCACUGAGGGACGGGGCCGCACCGCCACCCCCGGCCGGGACGAGGGUGGGCCGCGUGCUGGGAGCCCGCCUCGGAGGAAGUGAUGGAGGCCGAGGGAGGAGGAAGAGCCGCCGCUGGUUGCUGUUAUUUGGUAGAUACAGUAGUAGGAGAUCCAGAGGUUCUGCAAGCAGAUGCUGAAACAUACUAUGAAAAACUGUUGAAGCAGUCAUCAUCUGCUCCUGACAUUUUUUCCAUCCCUGGAGGAGAAAAGGUUAAACUUGAAGAUUCCUGUGUGUGUUUUGUCCCCCUCUACCGAAAUAGUCCUGCUUGCAAAAUGUUGCUGUUAACUGAUCCACAGGAUAAAGAGACAGUUCUGGCACUUUAUGUGAACCAGCGAUGGUGGCCUGUUGAAGAUGUUGUAAAAACGGCUGACCCUUCUAGAGAUGGGUUGAUUUCGGUCCAAACAUUUGGAGAAAGGAUUGUCCUCUUUGUUCUAAACUACAUUAUUUUUGGGAUGCCAGAAGGGAAUUCAUCUAAUGGUACAUUCUUUCUACCUCACUCUGCCACUGAGUGUGCCAAGAUACUUUGGAGAAAUGGUGAGGCUGUUGCCUUUUACUCGGUGAAGAUGAAAGGGAGUCUAUGUGAUGGUACUACCAGUCAAUGUUACUUGCUGCCAGUUUUGGAUACUAUAUUUGUCCAGAGAAAGUAUAGAAGAGGUGGCCUAGGGAUGAAAAUGCUGCGUGAUUUCUGUCAGUCUUUCAAGGCUGAAGAUGCCUUGGGGAUCAGCUGCCCUAUUUCUGCUGCCAUGUAUCAAGUUUGCCAGAAAUUCUUGCAGACUUAUCCUGAGGAGCAGAAGCGACUCUGGGAGGUGGAAGCACCAGGAGAUUGGAGCCAGAGAGUCAAUAUCUGGUUAAAAAUUCAGAUGGAGUCAUCCCUUUCAGGAAGGGAUGGAAUACACUAUUGAUGUUGAGAAACAGGCAGGAGGUGCCACAGGAAAAAAAAAAAAAAAAAAGAUGGCAUAGCAAGCAGCAAGGACUCUAAACUCACAGAAUCCUGAAUGGCAGGACGUAGAACAAGGUGGAGGCAAUAGUCAACAGUGCAAAGGAUCCAGAAGAGGAGCAGGUCCUUGGGACUUUGUUGAAGACAAGGUCAUCAGAUGAUUCAGAAUUAUGCCACAACUGCAUUCUCAAAAUACAACAAAAUCUCAGUCUAGCUUAAAAAAAAAAAAAAAAUAAUGUAAUUGAAUGUUCAUAAUUUGUAACACCAGAGAGAUUUUUCAGGUAAGAUAUAAUUUUUUUGCAAGACACGUGUUCUUUAUCUUGUGUUUUGUUUUAAUAAAGCUUUCCUUUACUGAUUGUCUUUUCCUUUUUUUCUCACCAAGUGAUUGAGCCUAGUUAUUUCCCUGCUCAGGAAAGAUUUUAAUGGAUUGCAUGAGAUGACCAAAAGGGAAUAAUUGGAGGGCUCGUAGAUACUGAUGUAAGAAGAUAUUUCUAUGGAAACCACAUCCUGCAUUAUGGAAGAGAGAUACCGCAACACACAUUGGUAUCAGAAUGACAGCUGUAACCUUCCUUUCAAAGUGAACAAUUGAUGUUACAAUUGCUUUCAUUUGAGCUUUUCUAGCAGAAAAAUCUGCCUUAAACCCUGUGGUGGACAGGAGGUUAUACAAACUCCAUUAAUGCAGAAAAAGUUUGGUACGCAGAAGAGGGUGAGCUAUGGGCCUUAAAGUGCCUUUAAAUUCAGACACUGUGAUCAUUCUAUGAAUAAUUUUAGGGGAUAGCACUUUGCGUAGGUUACAUAUUGCGUGUUUUAUUUCAGGUAGGAUCUUUUCUAUUUUUUUGCAUUUAAUUAACAUGGAAGUGUAACAUAUUUCACCGGAUUACUUGGGUCAUGGCUUGGUGAAGAAAUCUUGUUCAUUGAAAACUGAUUCUGUAUUAAAUUCUUUUUAGUGAGAAAUUUCUAACUUUUGAAUAUUGUAUUAAUAAUGAAUAGUGAAGGUGAAACUCUUAAGAAUCAGAUCUUUAGUCUUGUGGAGAAUUCUUUGCAAACAGAUGGGCCCAGUGGUGAACAACACUAGCAUCUUGAGGAGCCUCAGUAGAUUUAGCAGCCUGAAAUUUUUAAGUGGAUGUCGUGGAAGAAGGAGAGGUAGCCAUUUCUUUCCAGAAACGAAUCCAGUAUUGCUGGGAGGCAGUUUUGUAGGCAGACAUUGUAGGUAUACUAUAGGGAUGUAUAUUUUUCCUGCCUGUAUUGUAUAACUCUUCGUAUGUAUCCCUGUCACCCUGGUUUUGUUUAAGGAUUUUAGGUUGUGAUUUAAUGCAGCAUUUAAUCAUAUAUCCAAGUUGUUCCAAUCCAAUCAUAUAUCCAGUUGUUCAGUACACUAUGUGUCUGAGGCAUAUUGAAAUCAAAAGCUGUAUCUGGAAACUACAGGUUUGUGUCAAGAAAACUAAAACACUGAAAUGUGUGCCAGCCUUAAUCAUGUUCCCAUGGCUCCUUUGUUUCAAAGAGAAUAAGAGAAUACAGUUAGGACUUCAUAAUCAGUUCAUCUUCAGGUUGUUGAUUCAUCAAGUCAGAAAAAGAAUGGGUGAUAUUAAAACUGCUGGAAACCAGGAGUUCUCCUGCAUAGCAGACUACAUUCUUACUCAAUGUAUUGUAAAAUACGUACAGCUUUUUUGUUUUUUAAAUAUAAUAUUUAUUAAGAGUUGUAAUGCCAGUUGCUCAUAAAUAGGAUAGAAUAUUACAUCUCUCUUCAUGACAAUUGAUUCUGGAGUUGGAAUAGUUUAGUCUCUAGUUUGCAUGUAGGCUGUAUUAUAAUUGUCAAGGUAAGAUAAAUCAGAAUAGUUCCAUGAAAUGGAGAUCAUUCAGAAAUUUCAUCAUUUUAAGUCUUCCUAGAAAAAUAAAUGAUUAAGAAUGCCACAGCAAACUCUAUUUGAAUUUGUGUUAGAGUAAGGAAGAUGGAUAAGGUACUGUGUGUGGAGUGUGCAGACACCAAAUUUGAUUAAAUGUAUUCUGUUCUAGCCACACUUUGAGUCAGAGGACAUAAUGGCGAUUUUCAGUAUCCCCACACUGAAUCUCUGUUUCACCUCUCUCAUAUCCAGUGAUCUGUUUGUUGCCACAGAAAAGUUGCUGCUUUACUCUGUUAAAGAAUUCUCUUCCUUGAUUUUGUUUAGCGUUUUGUUUUCCAAGUAUUUUUUCAAAUAUGUUCAUGAUGGCAAUGGAACAUUUUAUGGAAGUAUAAAAAGGUGCAGUUGAUGCGAUGGUAUUGUGAGUUGACUUUAUACUUUCCAGUAAUAGAAUUGAUCACAUCAUCCUUCUAAUGAAAAUUUGUGACCGUUCGAGACAGUAGAAUAAGAAGGUACAAACAAAUGCACGUCAUCUAUAGCCCAUAAAGAACCGGAGUCCAGAGUUCUGAGGUCCUGCUUACCAGUAUCAAACUCCUGGGCUACAGGCUGCAGGAGAAUACAAACUUGCUUUAUAUUCUUUCAGAAAUGUGGGCUUACGGAACAAUUAGCCUGAAUAUUUAUUUAUUUAUUUAUUUUUAUUGCUAUAUUUGUGCUUUAAGGUAUCUGAUUCAUUUAGAAGCUUGGAUCUUGGCAGUCCGAAGACCUAAGAGGGUCUGAAGCAAAAACAGGUGUAAUAUCUUCACUGUCUUAAGCGAAUGUAAUAGAAAAAACACAGACAUCUUUUUCUCCCAGAUAAAAUGCUUUUAUCUAAAAGAAAUCUUCGUUUAUUCAAGGGUAGAAUGGUUUCAAAGUACUGGGAAAGUUGGCAGAGUUUUAAAGGAGCAUUCCAAUUAUUGGACUUAGAUUUUUCAAAAUAUUAGAUUUAAGUUAUUUCUGAAUGUACACUCUCAUAGUUGUGUCUUGACAGGAUGGCAUUUUUGCUUAGGAGACAAGAAAGUAAAUGUGCAUGAGAGGGAUGGCAGCACCUGUUGUUCUUAUGGGCAUAAACAUGUCUGGCCUGGAGGGAAGGUGUUAAAGAUGAGUAUUGAUGUUAGCAGUGACCUGGGUGAGUGUCUGCCAACUAAAUCAAGAUUUGAAUAGUUCUCAAAACUCAAAAAGAAAACAAACAAAAAACCAACCCCAAAACCCAAAAGGCCACAUGGAUUUUAAGGCUAGAAAUUUCAUUAUGUUCAUCAGUCUUGAGCAGUCUUGGUGCUUUCCAUAUCAUAAACCAUACAGUUGCGUGCAUGCUUGCUGUAUCAAAAGUGAUUGGUUUUGAUUGAAACAUAGCCCAUUUUUUAAAAGAUGAUUUUGAUUUGAUAGAUUUGUUUUUCAUAUGUUGGGCAAUGGGAAAUCCACUAUGUUCCUUACUAAAUUUUUCUAAAGUUCAGUUGUAUUUACAAGUGCACUCGAUUUUCUAGUCUGAAUACAUUUUAGUUAUGUCACUCAUGGUGGAUUUUUCUGUUCUGUUUAAUGCUGAGCUAUGGCUCUGGUUCUUUCAGGAUUCCUCCCACAAGGAGAUGAUAGACACCUUGUGAUCUAGUCAUGACAUCAGUAAACAGUCCUGAGAUGUUUGAAUCUGUCUUUGUGAGGCACAUUUUCGAGACCUUGAAUCAUUUUUAUCCUUUCAGAGAGAUUUUCUUUUUUUUUUUUUUUUGAAAUUCCUUUUAGAAGCUUUAACAUCAUCAGAGACCCAUUUCCAGUUGCAGUCACUCUGACUGUUACAGGCUAGUGUUUCCCGACUGCUGAGACAUGUGAUUGUAAAUCAUUAUGGUAUUCUUAAUGGUGAACAUGCACUGUAAAACUUACCUGAUGCAGUGAAAUUAAGAGGUAUUUGUUUCAGUGUUUUCUCUUUAAUGUGCACAAUGGCUUCACCGUGUCACUGAAAUGUUGGGUUGAUCUGGCAUCAUCUUAAUAUUGCCACGAGAUGGCACUGUUAGAUAGCUUAACGUUGUUGUCAUGCCUUAGGUGUUUGAGACAGUGCCCAAGACUUAAACACAUCACUGGUUGGCUUGACUUCUCCAGAGUGAGGUUACUCGCUUAGAGAAAGGAGAAUGAGGAUGCAGUAAUGGUUGUUUUGUGUUUGCCACUCAGUCUCAUUGUAUAUGUGGAGGUUGUCCAGAGUAGGCCUAGAAGUAAUGGUUUUCAAAUAGUUGUGAAACCAAGAUGAAGUCACAGAGUAGCACCAAAUGCAAAUUGCACUCAGCUUGUGUCCAUUCAUCCUCAUGUCUCACCAGGAAGCCUGGAUAGGGCUAUGCCACACCAUGGGUUCUCAGCACUAGAUGAUUCUGUUGUUUCAUAGAUAAUUCCGGCAUCUAAUUUUCUGCUUUUGACCCUUCUCUUUCUAAUAUACACUUUGCUUCGGAGUACUACUGAGUGCUUGCUUUGCCACUUUAUUUUUUUGCAUGUAAUAGCACCUGCCGUGUAAUAUGCUGUGAAUGUUCUCAGUGUUAGAAAAGUAAAGAUGUUCUCUACUUGCCCUAAAGGCUAAGUGUCUUCCUUUCCUACUGUUUUCUGUGUGACAAUUCCAAAGGAGGGAAGAGCAUAUUAAGAAAGAAGAAAAUUUAGUUUGAUUUUAUUUCUUAAGUUUUGAAUUGGAAUGAUUCAGGUUUGUUCAAAUCACGUUUGUAUCCCAUAGGUGAAGAAGGAGUGGGUGAGCAGAACAGUCUAAACUUCAUUAGCGAACUCUAUCCUUUUUACCAUUAGCAUAUCAGGGAUGUUGCAGAAAAAGACUAAAUUAACAUGUCCAAACAGAAUUUCUGUUUUGUCAAACUUGUCACUCAACUACGUAAACAAACAAUGCAUCUAGAUAUAGCUAGUUGUUUAGUGCUAACUUAGGCCUUUCUUUGUGUAUUUCUUACCACAGAUAAGUAUGCAAUAAAAUUUUAAGUACAGAGAAGACAAAAUUAGAACUUUGUAAUUAGCCUUCUUUUCAAUUUGUUUCUUCUUGCUAUCUGAUUUGAUGGUGAAGUCUCUGUUUAAUCUUCUCUAUUCGCCUUAGACUUUAUCCUUGCGUUAUUGAAUUUUUGUGCCUUGAAGGAUUUUAUUUAUUUAUUUAUUUAUUUAUUUACUUUAGUGGUGGUGGUAGUUUUUUGAAGCCGUCUUUUUGGUUUUAAUUUAAAAUGGAGACUUCAUUUUUGGAAGAUCAGUAACCUCCAUCUGGAAGGAUUCUUUUCUCCCGGCCACUUGAUGCUUAGAUGAAGUUGAACUUUUUUUUUUAAUUCUCAGGGAGGAGAUCAGAGGUUGCAUUCACCGUCAUGAAUACAUUUGGGGAUGUCGGUAUUCAUUCAGCAGUAUCUGAUUUGUAAAUUAGUAGCUCAGGCUCUCUGCACUGUGGUAUGUUAAAGGUCAGUGACCAUGAGUGGAGAAACACUUUAGGAGCUGUUUGUGCUCUCUGGUAAACAGAGUGGCCCUGGCUUAAUGGCAUUAGUUCCAUGCUGCUUUUAGGAGAUACAGAUGUGCAACAUACCUUCUAUCCUACCUGGAACCAGUAAUGCCCUCCUAGACUUCUGCAAGGAGGAGAGAAAAACAAUUCCUAAAAGGAUUUGUUCAACUGUCUAAUUUUCUAAGUUUCUCCCUGCUUGGCAUGUCCCUUUUCUUCCAAGCAUUUGAUAACUCUCUUAACUAAGAUGCAUUUUAGGUAAAUGACAUCUUCAAGCUGCACAAUAUAAAAAAGCCUUUUGAUUCUCCCAUCCUCUCCAGAUCUUGGGGCUGGCUCAGUAUUUUUUUUUAAAGCUGUUUCUCUCGUGCUGCAUGCAGAGCCCAUCUGCUGUAAUGCAGACUGAAAUGCUGCUUUUAUCCUUGUUUGCGUAGAAGGUUGGUGGGUAAAUCAAAUGGAGUAAAAGAUGUAUUGUCCCUCUUUGCUCUAUGUCACUAGCACAAAUGUCUUUCUUUUCAAGUGUCUCUUGGUAGAAGCCACAGCCUUUGGCACAAGCCACCUCUGCUAGUUUGACCUCUUUUGUGCAUCUGGAAUGGAACACCUCUGAGAAGCACAGAACAAAACCAGCAAAAUAGCAAGAGAAAAGGUCAAGAAGGGGUCUUGCUCCCUGUAGACAUCAGAAGUUUCUGCAAGAUGAUAUUUAGCAUGUCCUGCCUGAACAGUUAAGGCAUCAAAGACAUUAGAACUUCGAUAAGUAAUAUCCUUGUGAGUUAUCAAAUAGAUCGCAAAGCAUGUUGCUCUGCCAUGCUGGGGGUGGGAGGGAGGAACCUUAUGUCUUUCUAGUCACUGAGGUAUCUGAGACUGAGAGCUUCAGAGAGCCUUUGGCUUCCAACAGAUGGAUGUACCAUGCUGUGCUCUGUCCUUGCCUGGCUUCUGACUUACAGGCCUUAGCUUAGUGUGAAGUCCUAAGAGGAACAGGAAGGCUACUUUCUACCAAAGACAGAGCUGACAUCAGUUACAAGCAGCAGAAGUGCCUGAUUUUUGCUUCUGUAUUUUUAUUUUUGCCUGGUCACAGCCUUACAGUGACAUUCUCUCAGAUCAACCAGUCUCUUUGAUGCAGCGUAAUUACAAGUACAGAGGUGAUUCCCUGUCCCCUGCCAUUUCGGCCAUGGGAUCUGAAGGGGAGGUAAGACAUACUGUGAUAAUUCACCUCUCAACUUAGCAAGGUCAGGACAAACAUUCUUGCCUGUCUUAGCCAAGUGAAAAAGCUACUGUUGUUAAAAAUCCAGGCAGUCAGUAUACUGCUGCUCAGAACCCAGAAGUGCAGGGUAAUACAACCCUGACAGCUUUGAUGCUAGAUUAUUUGGUAUAUUUGUAGCUGUGGAUUGAUGUAAUGCUGAUCAGAAAGAAUCAUCUUUGCCAAAUCCAUUGUUGAACCCCUGCCCAGGACAAUAAGCUCAUAUGGUGAUGACAUGAGCUGAGCUGUGUUCUUUAUUGUUGUUAUAGAUUUUACAUGGUCCCCUGGUUUCAUCCGCAAUUUUUCAUACGCAUGCGCAGUUCCGCUUUUCUCCUUUUGUAUCUUGCCCAGGAGUAGUGUGGAGCUUCAGAUGAGUCUAUUUUCCAUCACAAAACCCUGCCAAUAACUGCAAUUGACUCGAAACAACUUACCCAGGAUUCUCUUUCCUUAAAAAUAGAUGUGGACUGUCAAUUUUUGUGUAUAAUGCAUUAGAAGUAAAAGAAAACAACUGAACUCAGAACAGAUUUCAGCUGAUAUGAAUGCACAUGGUAUAAUGCCAUUUUGGCUAAAGUCUUUACUGGAACUCAUCAAGGGUGAGACUUCUGUGUUGCUGCUUUCUGAUGCUAUCUUUCCUUGUAUAACCAUAUGAGCAUGCAUCAGACCUAGCGUUCUAGCCAUAUCCUCUGAGUAGUUUGAGCCUCACUGUGUGGUGAAUUAUUCACGGGAGCCAUCAUCCCGCACUGCACUGCUGCUAAGGAGCAGUUUGAACCCAAGGGUGCUCACACUAAACUUAGUAACCAACUAAUGGUACCACUUGUUGAGGAAUAGCAUUUGAAUUUGUGGCUUUGGGUGCUGAAGAGUGAACUGACUGCGAGUAAAAAUUAGCCAGGAUAUACUAUAGGCUUCAUUUAAUUACCUUAAAGCUUUCCAAGUCAUUUGCAGGGGCACAGAUGCACUUUAGUGAGAUGAUAGGUUAAGGAAGAGAAUGAGAAUAUUGGCUUGGAGAAUGGGAUGGUAGUGAAAUAGAGCAUUGUUUGGGGAAGUAAGUCUCUUUCUGCAUCAAACUGUGGUUUCAAACUUGCUAAUUAGUGUUCUUGUUUUUCUUCUUAGUGUAGCAUAAGCUGUUCUAACCUGACCUAUUGGUUCACAAGAUAAAAGCAGUAAGCUAAUCAGAAUGGAGAUCCCCUCUACUGGCUGAUCCAAAUCUUUACUAAAAGUAUAAUAUCCAUGAACAUAAACAGAACAACACAUCUAAGAAUUAUGUAUCUGGGAGUUUAAAGGUGGUGAUGGUAGUGGAAAAAAAAGUUUGUAUUGCUUUGAGGUUAUUUUAAAAACUGAAACUGAAUAGGUCAAUACCCCUUAAGCUUUUUGGUCUUUAAUUCUCUUAAUGGUAUGGCAGAAAUUGUUAAUUAUAUUAUUAAAAAAGCUAUGAAGACUGUAUUAAUGUAAUGUGACCUUGGAUCAGUCAAGAUCACAUUUUUGUUAUGAUUAAAAGAUUCCUUGUCCUGAAACAUUGAUUUCAUCUUCAGCUGAGUGUGACAGAUGGAGAGAUGUUAUUGGGCCUAGGCAGUAGAUGGCAAUAUUGCAUUUCAUUCUGCACAGUGCUCAGCUGUAAAUGCUCACCUUAGGAAGGGGCCGUGAACUUUUUCCCUCAGUUUCCAAGAGCAGUUUUGCACUUACAGUGUCUGAAAAAUUCCAGAAGAAAGAUAAUUAAAAAUUACAUCUUGAAUCCAUAUUUCUACAGUUACCAGUGUCAGAUACUUGAGCACCCACUCUUCCCUCAUCCUGUGUUCAGCACAGAGCAGGCAUUUACGUGUUAGGGACCAUCAGCAUUGUCUGUCUUAUAGCAGGGUUUCAUUGAGGCAGGAUGUGUCCCCAGUUAAGUAGCAUCACUCACUUGGUUCCUGUGAUUUUUCUAGCUUUUUUGGUGAUUUUUCCAUCUCUGAUUGCAUCAAUAAAGUGAAAGCUGUAUCAGCUACUUUGGUUUAUAUCAUGAUAAGGGAAAUUCAGAAAGAAACCUAGCUAGCAUGUCCUCCUUUGUACUGUAGUAUUUGGACAGACCUUGUAGCAGGUGUGGAGGGAAUAAGAGACACUUCACAAACAGCUCGGAAUCAGGAUGGUGUGUGUUACAGGGUCUUUUGCACAUUGACUGUGCUGAGCCCUAAUGUGCUAUGCUGCUGAGUAGGCGGACAAGGAUUUUGGAAUGAAAGUGACAUCUGGGGUCAACAGUUUAUGAAAAUUAAAUACGCAGUGGCAUCUCGAGGAUCCCAUGCAUGUAAAGUGCUUUGCCUUCGUUGUCCUGUGGGCAUAUGCCAUGCAUCUACACUGUUUUGUGAGGUAGCAAGGUAAUUGCCUUAAAAAUCCUUGCUAUUCAGGAUGUUGCAGGAUGUUAGCACGCACACUAGGUGAUGGGAAGCAGAGGGGUGCACUGGCUGGUGUUAAAGCUUCAGUGCUGCUGACUUUUCUAUAAAUAACUACUGUCUGCUGUAAUUGGUCACAUCACAGUCCACGGUGAUCUUUUAUAUUAUUGCUGGCUGCUGGAAAACUCCCGGAGGCGUAAAAUAGAUACCAGGAAGAUCCUGCACCCAGCAGUGUGUUUCCCCAAGCGGCACAGCAGAGUAAAAGAGAAAUAGUGUUUACAGGGAGGUGAUGAAGAAUUUUCUGCAGCAGGAAGGAUGAAAAAAAAAAUUGUACCUCUGAAAUGAUAGCAGCAGGCCACCUCUCAUGCAGGAUAUUGCUGGGUCUUGUGGAAAGAAAAUAUCUUCGUAGGGUUUCUAGUGGUGCGCUGAAUGGGUAUUAUUAUUUGCCUCUGACUUACUUAUGGGUAUUUUUCGGCUCUCCAUAAAAUAACAGUGUCUUGCAAAAAUUGAAAACUAGAGAAAAAGAAUUAGGUGGUUGAUUUGUGUGAAACGUGUGUGGAUAGAAUACAUGGUAUUCUCCGUCCUGAAGGAUUCUGACCAAUUCACAGACCAAGAGUGCUGAAUGCUACAUUCCAUGUCCCCUUAAAUAUGUUCAGCUAUGGGGUGGAGCACAACGCUGAUGUGAAGCUGCUCAGCAUCAGGAAUCAGCAUUCUUUACUAAGGGAAGGCAGAAUAGUGCUGGAGUUAGAUGUUCAGGAGGGAAUCUGAGUGGAAGGGGUUGAGUUACCAAGGUUUGCUUGGUGUUGUUGAGCAUCUGAAAGCUUUACUGUUUUGAGAAGUGAGAGCUGAAGUGAACCACUGUAGAACUGUAGAGGCUUUAAGAUCACUAGGUGAGUGUGGGUCAUUCCCCCCCUUAAUCUCUCCUCUGUCUUAAGCUACCUUUGCCCCUUUUCAACACACAGUGCAGCGUGGUACAUGCAUUAGGGAAUGCAUGCUUCACUGGCCUAAUAAGAACUUUGCUCACGUUGACAAAGAAUUCAUAAGAACUGAAAUCUUUCCAGCAUGACACAGAAGCUGGCACAGUGAACAGGACUGUGGGACGACCUGUCAACAGCAUCUCAAUUGGCUUUUGCUGACUGAUGUCUCAAGAUUAGGUGCUUUGGAGGGCAGUUAAUAUACAAAAGAAUUUCUGUGAGAUUUUAGCUUCUGUCCUGAAUAUUUGCUAUCAGUGGGAAGUCUCUGGUUCCAGCAGUGUGAUUCCUUGUGAUUUGGAAGGAACACUGAAAGUGCGUGUAGCUUUGGGUCAGAAACAUAUUCUCCUUCAAAAUAUGCCAGGAAAGUGUCUAUGUGACAGAAGUGGGGCAAAAAGUCCCCAGGGAUGAGAACAGCAGGAUGCUUUUUGUGGCCUCAGACAGCCCUGCCAAGUGGUUCCUGGGGCCUGAUUUGACAGCAGGCUAUAUUGCUUGCUGUAAAAAGGCAGGUACUGUAUGAAAGCCACUGCUUACUUAUGAAGAAAUCUAGGCUAUUCCAGCAUGAAUUUGUUCAUCCAGAAGAUAAUUAAGUUGCUUUGAUUAUGAAGGGUGUAUAGUAGUAGUAGGACAUAAUCUGUUUAAUGCUGUGAAUUAUCCAAAGCAAUGAAGUAUGUGUCCUUUAUGCAGUAGACCACUCCAAUAACAUUUGGCUAGUCUAAGACUUACACUUUCAGCCUCAGUGUUGGUUUAUGGGGUGAAGAUGAAUGCACAGAGCCAUAUUCAGACCACCUGAAGAAAUGGUGAACUUUUCUUUGUCUCCUGGCUUCCCCUAGCCAGGAUUCAGUAACUGUAUAAGUGCUCUCAGUUGUUUCUUGUGCUCAUGAAGUUAAAAGUCAGCAUUUAUCUUAGGUGCCAUCAUAAGGAGCCUAUAUAUGGCUCACGUGUAUGAGCUGGUCUUAAAAUAUUGCAUCAACAAUGUAAUGACUCAUGAUUUAUAGCGAUUGCCCCUCAGACAGUAAAAUCAAAACAAUGAAAAAAAAACCCAAACAAACUAGAAACAAACUGGGGGAUAGUGAGCAACUGAUAGAAUGAACUGGAGAAAUGGGAGGAAGAAUUUUAGUAAUAUCUGAAAAUCUGAUGGAGAAUUUCAUAUCUUUGCCUUUAUUUGAAGACUGCAUGCAUGGGAAUUCAGCACUGAUAGAUAGUCAUCUGAGAGAAGGAAAGUUCUGGCAGUUCUGGGAGUGUAAAAUCCCAGCAAAAUCAGUGCUGCAGUCAAGUAAAUGAGCACAUCUGAAGUAGCUCCUGAAACCCAGACGUUAUCCAGAGUGACCAGUUUGUAUUCAGUGAAGACAAUGAAGAGACAAAGAUUAAUGCUUGGAGAAGGCUAUGGUGUUCUGCAAACUGGUGAGAGAGAAAGCUCUUCUCACCAUCUGUCUUUGAGGACUGUGCACCAGAAGAGAGCUCCUCUGAUCUUCUGAUGUUUUCCAUGCUGAUUUGCACUACUUUGGCACCUUGCAUAAGCAUGACGGUAAGCUGGUGAGACACCUUCUGCCUCUUUUUCUUAUUCAAGUAGUUCUUCUCCAGAUGACUAGUUCUCAUUGCUAAUAACUAAUUCUGCAAGGGAAGGGAGCUUUAGCUCCUAGACUACUGAUGUAGAGUUUGAUUUUUGUUUCACUGACAGUUAUUAUUGUUGUUCUUGUCUCCAGGUACCAGGAGAAGAAAUGAGCAUCCUCCUCUGACACCAGUUUUCACCAUGACAGUAAUUUGAGCAGAAACAGCUUUGCCUGCAAAUAAAUAAAUAAAUAAAUAUUAUAUGAAAA